GAUUGGUUCUGGUAUGGAGAGGGGGCACAUGCCAGUGAACCAUGUGAGGGGACGCUGUGGCUGGGUGGAGGGUGCGAGGGGAUGUGGGAUUGUUGCAAACAGGGAUUUGCAUCAGCGGGGAAAGAAAGGAAGGGGGCAGCGACACUUUAGCCACUCGCACACACCGACCGACACACUCACACACACUCGGUGUCCGCCUGUCAGUCACGCAGUGGUGCGUCCAUCCUUUUGUUGUGUGUGUGUGUGCGUGCAUGUGUGUGUGUGUGUGUGCGUGCCGUCAUGUCGACCCCGGCUCAUCGUUCAUCUCUAUGACGGACGGAGCAGAGAAGCACACGGCCAGAAGGAAUCACGCUUGGAAAAAGAGGAAGAUCCUCACCUGUCUUGCUUGCCGCUGUCGUCUAUGAGUUACCCCGAGGUUCUCCAGUGGACUUUCCAGCAUUCCUGAUUGACAACAGACAUCAUGUCCUCACCCCCCCUCCCUAUGAACUCCCUCCCCCCCAGCCCGCUGGCCAUGGAGUACCUCAACGACUUUGACCUCCUCAAGUUCGAGGUCAAACCCGACACGCCGCCGCUGUCCGCUCAAUGCGGGUACCCAAAAGCGGGCAGCUCGCCGUACGGCGCCCGCCCCCCGCCGGACUCCAGCCUGAGCUCCAGCCCUUACGACUCGCUGCCGCCCUCGCCCACCCUGAGCGACGGCCAGCCGCCGCCGUCGGGCUCGUCCUCGCUGUCCUCGUCGUCGUCCUCCAUCUCCUUCCCGCUCUCCGGCUUCACGUCCGCCGUCGGUUCCGGCGGAUCGCAAGGGAAUGCGGACGCCAGCUCGGGUCACGCCGGCCAUCCUCAAGGCGCCGGACCGGCCUCGCUGGAGGACCUGAUCUGGUUUGCGGCCCUGCAGCAGCAGUUUGGCGGCGAGGUCCCGGGGCCCGCCACCCUGCUGGGCGCCCUGGGUGAGCGAGAGAGGGCGCCCGGCAACGGCUUCCUCGGCUGCGAGGACGCCGUGGAGGCUUUGCUGAACUCGGCCGCCGCGGCCGUCAGCUCCCAGUUUCCAGGUCUUUCUCAGAACUCCAGCAGCACCCUGUGCGACUCGGGCAGCGACAGCGGCGCCGACGCGUCCUGCUCCAAAAGCGGCGACCUCUGCCACCGGCCGCUCCUCUUCCUGUCCAACCCUUCGCUACCCAACGCCGCCACCUCGGCGGGGCCGGCUCCUUACCCGCAAGCCCUCAGCCCCCAAGGCCGCCUCGUCCCCCACCAGCAUCACCACCAUCAGCACCACCUUCAUCACCAAAUGCACGCCGGCCUUCACCAUCAUCAUCACUCGCAAUGCGACGGGAACGAUCGUUUCUCCGACGAGCAGCUGGUGAGCCUGUCGGUGCGCGAGCUCAACCGCCAUCUGCGUGGCGUCAGCAAGGACGAGGUGGUGCGCCUGAAGCAGAAGCGACGCACACUUAAAAACCGCGGCUACGCUCAAUCGUGCCGCUACAAGCGCUUACAGCACCGCCACGCUCUGGAGUCGGAGAAACACGUGCUCACGCAACAGCUGGAGCAGCUCCAGUGCGAUCUGACUCGGGUGCUGAGGGAGCGUGACGCCUACAAGGCCCGCUACGAGAAGCUGCUCAGCGCCAGCCACGCCGAAGCCCCGACGGGCCGCGGCGACGGCGGCGGUGGCUCGCCUUCGCCCGAUUUCUUCCUCUGAGGUGACCCAUAGCCGCCACCACAACCACACAGAGGAAAAGACAAGAGCUGACGUGGAGCAAACAUGGAUGCUUGUGACUCUUCAUUCGUUGGGUUUGCUGCUUGGACUCACUUUGACUACACUGUGAAUGCUGGUUGCACUAGCUUCGGGGACAGCGGUGCAACUGUGGACGGGGACAUGCUACACUAUGUGGACAAAAGUCCUGGGACACACCUCACCAAAUUUUCAUGUAAAAUUAUUAUUAACAUUCUAAAACAUUUUUUCCUAAAAGUACACCAAAGAAAUCCAUGGAAUAUUAUUAUUAUUAUUAUUAUUAUUAUUAAUCUAUAAGGAAAAACUGCAUUAACGUAAAAUGUCAAGUUACAA